AUGGAAAAUGACACUUUUAUGUCUCACUUUGACCUCACCCUGUAUGUGAACAUAGGCUAUUACCGCUAUCCAGCCUUUGUACUGUGCUUCCUACUGUUUGCCUUUAUUGUUACUGCUAAUCUUGUUAUAAUACUGAUAAUAUCACGGGAGAGAACUCUGCAUGAGCCCAUGUAUAUAUUUAUUGCUUGUUUGUCUUUCAACUCUCUGUAUGGUUCAACUGGUUUCUUCCCCAGAUUCCUCAUGGAUCUUCUGUCUGACUCUCAUUUGAUCUCACGUCCUGCUUGUUUCACUCAGAUCUAUGUUAUUUACACAUAUGCUUCCAAUGAAAUGACCAUCCUGGGCAUUAUGGCAUACGAUAGGUAUGUUGCUGUAUGUCAUCCUUUACACUAUCACAACAAGGUGACCCCUAGAGCAGCCUAUGUCUUGGCAGCCUUAGCUUGGAUCUGCCCAGCCUUUACUGUUGGAACAUGUCUGUAUUUGGCCAUCAGGCUUCCUUUGUGCGGCAACGAGAUCCUGAAAGUGUACUGUGCCAUAUGGAAUAUUGCUAAGCUGUCAUGUGUUACCACUUCCAUCAACAACAUUACUGGAUUGUUUGUCGCCACAAUUACAGUCUUUCUGCCGCUGACCUAUGUGUUGUAUACUUACUUUCGAAUUUUGCUUGUGUGCAGGAAAAGCUCAUCCGAAUGCAAGAGCAAAGUGCUCCAAACCUGCUUGCCACACACUAUUUCAUUUGUUAGUUAUUCUAUCACUGCAUUUUGUGAUAUCGCCCUAAGUCGUAUUAAUGUUGAAAAGCUAAACCCUUUUUUUGCUGCGAUUUUAUCAUUGAAGUUUGUCAUGAUUCCUCCAGUUCUGAACCCUCUUGUUUAUGGCCUGAAGUUACCAGAAAUUAGGAGACACAUUUUCAGGAUGCUGUCGUGGUUAAAAACCACCUCUUGA